CGUACUGUGGCCGGCGGUGGGCGCGGGGUGAGUCCAGGAGGCCGGAGGCCCGGGGCGGCUUUUUGUAGCUUGUUGGAGCCCCGGAUGAGGGCGUUGGGGUGACGAACUGCGCAGGGCCAGCGUCGGGCCUUCCCGCCGGCCCCCUCUCUGAGGCUCCUGUCCCCGGGCGCUGUCCCCGGCCUCCCCGCGCUCUGCGGCUCGCGGUUUCCAGCUCCGCGUUAACUGCACGAUUCGCUCCCUGCCCAGGCUCCUUCGCCCCCUCUUCCCAUGAGAGCCUCCAGAUCUCAAAAAUUUUGACUGAUUUUUAAGUAUUUCCCUAUUCAUAGCUGCCUGUUUGCAUCCUGACUGGAGCCCCGGGAGCUUUUUCACCAUGCCGACAGUGGUGGUAAUGGAUGUCUCCCUUUCCAUGACCCGACCCGUGUCUAUCGAGGGCUCCGAGGAAUACCAGCGGAAGCACCUCGCAGCCCACGGUCUGACAAUGCUGUUUGAGCACAUGGCCACAAAUUACAAGCUGGAGUUUACAGCCCUCGUGGUGUUUUCAUCACUUUGGGAGCUGAUGGUCCCCUUCACAAGAGAUUAUAACACCCUACAGGAAGCACUAAGUAACAUGGAUGAUUAUGACAAAACUUGCUUGGAGUCCGCAUUAGUUGGCGUUUGCAACAUCGUUCAGCAAGAGUGGGGCGGCGCAAUUCCUUGCCAGGUGGUGCUGGUGACUGACGGCUGUCUCGGCAUUGGGAGAGGGUCACUUCGGCACUCCCUGGCUACUCACAGUCAGCGGAGCGAGAGCAACAGGUUCCCACUGCCAUUCCCUUUCCCAUCCAAGCUGUACAUCAUGUGCAUGGCAAAUCUGGAGGAGCUUCAGAGCUCUGAUUCUUUGGAGUGCCUUGAACGCCUCAUAGAUUUAAACAAUGGCGAAGGGCAGAUUUUCACUAUUGAUGGCCCUCUGUGCUUGAAAAACGUGCAGUCUAUGUUUGGGAAACUGAUAGAUUUGGCAUACACGCCUUUCCAUGCUGUUCUCAAGUGUGGCCACCUGACCGCUGACGUGCAAGUCUUCCCCAGGCCAGAACCCUUCGUUGUAGAUGAAGAAAUUGAUCCUAUCCCUAAGGUCAUUAACACAGAUUUGGAGAUAGUGGGCUUUAUUGAUAUAGCUGAUAUUUCAAGUCCCCCAGUUCUGUCCAGACAUCUGGUCCUCCCCAUAGCACUUAACAAAGAAGGCGACGAGGUGGGUACUGGUAUCACUGAUGACAACGAAGAUGAAAAUUCAGCCAAUCAGAUUGCAGGCAAAAUACCCAACUUCUGCGUCCUGCUUCAUGGCAGCCUGAAAGUGGAAGGAAUGGUGGCGAUUGUUCAACUAGGUCCUGAGUGGCACGGAAUGCUCUACUCCCAAGCCGACAGCAAGAAGAAGUCAAACCUCAUGAUGUCUCUCUUUGAGCCUGGCCCGGAACCUCUCCCAUGGCUGGGGAAAAUGGCGCAGCUGGGUCCUAUUUCAGAUGCUAAAGAAAACCCUUAUGGGGAGGACGACAACAAGAGCCCGUUCCCCCUGCAGCCCAAAAACAAACGCAGCUAUGCCCAGAAUGUGACUGUCUGGAUCAAGCCCAGCGGCCUGCAGACAGAUGUACAGAAGAUUUUACGAAAUGCAAGGAAACUCCCUGAAAAAACACAGACUUUCUAUAAGGAGCUGAACCGUUUACGCAAGGCGGCCCUGGCCUUCGGCUUCCUGGACCUGCUCAAAGGGGUGGCGGACAUGCUGGAGCGGGAGUGCACACUGCUGCCCGACACCGCCCACCCCGACGCCGCCUUCCAGCUCACCCACGCUGCCCAGCAGCUCAAGCUGGCCAGCACUGGCGCCUCUGAGUACGCCGCUUAUGACCACAACAUCACACCUCUGCACACGGACUUCUCUGGGAGCAGCACUGAGCGAAUGUGAAGCUGACUUUUGGAGCCUUCUGUAGUUUUCAUUUCAACUGAAAGUGACCUACAGUAAAAACCUCCCCGGUAUGUUCACUUCUGGGAUAGCCAAAGCCCCCGACUGCCUCAGAAGCUACCUGCUGGUCUGUGCGACUGCUGCAGUCCGAGAAGGGUCUGAAGGGUGCUGGCCGGCUGCACUUUACCUUCAGCUUCCUGGGACUCAGGAUCAAGACAGCUGAUCCCUUGGAACCAGCAGUUAGCGUAAUGGCUAUGUCGCUGGACUCCCACGUAGUCGACCGCGGUUCGUGUCCCGGACCCGGUGGCUUAA